AUGCCUCGCAAGAAAGCUGUCCCCUCCACCAAUGUUGCAGACAUUGCGAAGCCAGUGUCAUCGCGGUCCACUAGGGCUGGCACGAGGCAGGCAGCAAACGCUGCAGCUGCUCCUACUGCAGUUUUAGCAAAACCCGUAUCCCAGCCAGCAAAACCCGUCUCCAAACCAAAAUCGUCCAAGGCGAAGCGCGUCCGCAACGACGAUGAGGCAGACUCGGAUGUUGUCCCUUCUAAAAUUGCCAGGCUGAACAAGGACGAUGACACCAGUGACAAUGAGGCGGAUAACGAAGUGAAAAAGAUGGUCACUGUUGUGAAACGAGGUGCUGCUCCGGUAGACCCAAUGUCUGGCCUCGUUAACACACAUCAAGUUUACUCGAGUGCUGAAAGUGUUUGGGACGCAAUGCUCAACCAAACAGAGGUUGGCUCUAACAAAAAUAAAUUCUAUGUGAUACAACUCCUGCAUCCUAUUGGAAAUGACGCCCAAUCCUCCCUCUACACGCGUUGGGGUCGCGUUGGUGAGAAUGGUGCAAGUCAAAUCAAGGGACCAUGGCCGUCUUCUUCUGCUAUUAUCGAGUUUAAGAAGCAGUUCAAGUCGAAAUCCGGCGUUGCGUGGCCCCAACGCUUUGGCAUGGUGGCUGCGAAGGGAAAAUAUACAUGGUUAGAGCGUGUAUUCGAGGAUGAAAACAACAAGGCGGAAAGCAGUGGCAGCAACUCUAAGGAAGACGAACCUGUUCCGGAUUCCGAGUUACUACCUGAGUUGCAGGCAUUCUGCAACCUCAUUUUCUCAUCCAAACUCAUCGAUGCUCACCUGUCGUCGAUGAAUUACGAUGCCAAUAAGCUUCCCCUGGGCAAACUCGCAAAGUCAACGAUUCUCAAUGGAUUUGCGGCAUUGAAGAAACUUGCAGAAGUGGUCGAAUAUCCGGAUGGCGACAUGGCGAAGUCUCUGGGUGGCUUCCAAACCGCCUGUGAAACGCUUACUUCGGAAUACUAUUCCAUCAUCCCCCAUGUAUUCGGGCGCACGAGGCCCACUGAACUAAAUCUUGUCGACGCUCUGGGUGACAUGGAAAUCGCCCAUAAACUCAUAAAUACCUCCACCAACUACAGCAUCACUUCAGGAUCGGAGGUUGUACAUGCAUUUAGAGUGGAGAGGGGCACAGAGACUUCCGCAUGGCUCGCGAAGGGGUACGAUAAGCUUCCUGCUGGUGAUCGGAUGCUCUUGUGGCACGGUUCUAGGACGACCAACUUCGCUGGUAUCCUUAAACAGGGCCUUCGAAUCGCCCCUCCGGAGGCGCCUGUUACGGGCUACAUGUUUGGCAAAGGUGUCUACUUCGCGGAUAUGAUGUCAAAAUCUGCAGGCUACUGCUAUGCUAGUUUGAGUAAUCAAAUUGGCGUGUUACUCCUCUGCGAGGUGGCUGUAAAGCCGUUCCUCGAGAUGAACGAUGCAAAUUACACUGCCAAUGAAGAUUGCAAGAAAAGCAAGAAGCUGGCGACGAAAGGGGUAGGGACGACACAACCUACCAAUUGGCAAGAUGCUGGUAUGGCGCUUGGCCACAAAGAACUUGAGGGCGUUUACAUGCCCAAGGGAGAGGCAUCGAUGGUCAACCCCCCUGGUGCCUUUCUUAUGUACAACGAGUACAUCGUCUAUGACCCAUCCCAGAUCCGCUUGCGGUACCUGCUCAUGGUAAAGAUGCAUUAA